AUGGAGACUAAUGGGCAACACAUCAAGAGAGAGAUAUCCUCGGCAGAUUCCUCACGGACCUCGUCCCGCUCCCCGUCAUAUUCCAGCAAGCUGAAGGAACUACGAGAACCUACCGUGAAGGAAGUUAAAAUCUUAGAGGCAUGCAAAUGGAAAGAUUUAGAUACAAUAAGGGAUUUGGCAACGUCGAAGGAUGGGUUGAUUUCAGAUGAUGUCCGUCGUCAAGCAUGGCCUAUCCUUCUCGGUUGUGAGAGUGACCAUGGCGACACAAAGGGCAAUGUAACGAGCUGGAAGGAACUGCCAAAGCAUGGGGAUGAGGACCAGGUUGCUCUGGAUGUUAAUAGGUCCUUCAUAUACUACCCAAAUGACCAGACCUCGAAAGAGAUUGGUCAUAGGAAAGAAGAACUAUCUGACCUCAUAAUCGAGGUUCUCCGUCGUAACCCUUAUCUCUGCUACUUUCAAGGUUACCACGACAUCUGCCAAGUACUCCUCCUCGUUCUUUCACCUACCACCCGCACCCUGUCAGUUGCUCGUCUCUCUGCGCUUCGAAUCCGCGAUUUCAUGCUUCCAACUCUAUCUCCCGCUCUCGCACAACUCCGCUUGAUUCCCUCCAUCAUCAACACUGUGUCUCCCGCUCUUUGCACCCACCUCUCUCAAACUCAACCAUUCUUUGCCCUUUCUGGCACACUCACAAUGUACGCACACGAUAUACAAGAAUAUGGAGAUAUAGCCCGACUUUUCGAUGUUCUGCUGGCCCGAGAAGCUGUAUUUUCGGUCUAUAUGUUUGCACAAAUCGUCAUUUCACGCUCUGAAGAGCUCUUCGAAACACCUACCGAUGAACCGGAAAUGCUACAUUCUAUACUUUCUAAACUGCCUAAACCUCUAGAGCUCGAAUCUUUGAUAUCAAAUACCGUCAAUUUAUUCCAGGAUCAUCCACCCGAAAGUCUAGCCUCCUGGAGAUCUAUAUCCUCAUCCAGCGUCCUUAAGACCGCUCGCUGGCCCGAUCAAAUCACAGAACAGAGCCUUUCAGACGGCCGGAGAUAUUUCGCACAACAAGUAAGAGAACUACAAUGGGCUGCAAAGCGCGAUGAAAUAUUUGAGAUGAUGUGGAAAUGUAGACGACCUGCGAAAGCUAUCGGAGUUGCAAUUUUGGUGGGGAUUUUCUCAUAUUAUUGCUUGCCUCCGUCAAGUGUUGUAGGAAGACGCUGGACGUCCAUAUUUCGAGUGCUCUGGGGGUAUAUGGGCGAAGGAUUGAAUGGUCAUGGAAAUACUGGUUAG